AUGAAGGAAUUCCACGAAUCUUAUUUUCACCAUACGUGUCUAAUAAUACCGGAGAGAGAUGUACUGGACACCGACAUCAUCGGUUCUGGUUGGCUGCAGUACCUGAAGUGGUGGUGGAACGACAUGUUCCUACUGUCAUACUCCAACGAGGCAUCCAGAGGUUUCUACAUCAGCACCCACGCGAUGAAGAUCGAGAGGUUCCGACAAUUCCGCAAAUAUAAGGAACGGAUUCAUCCAAUGAGCAAGUUUCGGACGUUCUGGAACUUCCUGAUGCUGCACGUUUUCGUAUUUGAUAAGAUAUUCUUCCGCUUCACUUCGACCUUCUUGUUCGAUAAUUUACCGAUAUAUCUGUUCUACUUUGGAGCAUUACUCGAUAUAUUGAUCAUGAUCGACUUGUUCGUCAGCUUGAAGACUGGGUACAUUGAUUACGAAGCCAAGAGGGUCGUCCUGGACACUAAGAAGUGUUUACUCAAGUUCUGUACCCAAAAACUGUUCAUACACUUUGCGUCGACCAUACCCUUUCACUGCUUCCUCCUAAUGAGAUACGGAGCGAAUGCAAACUGUGGCCAGUGCAAGAGUAAUCGGUUCAUCUGCGCUCUAAAGAUCUUCACCGUCUUCAGACUCUUUCGGGUCUUUGAGAGCUCAGCGUAUCUGACGAGAAAACGCUGCAGGAUUAGGAAGAUCUACUUUUACAAGUUCCUGAGAAUAGUAAUCACGGGCUGUAUCACUGUCGUCCAGUUUAACGAGAUCUUCGAUGCCUUCACAAUUCUUGUGUUCAUACAAACCAACCAAGUCGACACCAGAUCAACUUUCGCCUCGAGGAUGGCAAUCAAGUACGGCUUCAUGCGUUCCGAGGAGCCAGAUUACAGACUCAUAUUUGUUGAAAUGUACAGAACUUUAAACGUGUUCUGUAUGUUUACUUUUGGUUCUAGGACGAAAGUUUUCUUCUUGGAUAAAUUGGCAUCCGUGGCCGCUUAUGUGAUUGCCACAAUUUUCCAUUUCUGGUCUGUGUUGACGUGUUUCGCUCUGAUUACCAGCAUAGUGUACGCGAGAGAUCAGGCGAUCAAAAUGCGGACGAACACGCUGAAUUUCGUUAGCUCUCAACAAUUGUCUGAGCAUAUAAGGAUGAAGGUCGAUCGAUACUUUCAUCUGAAGACAACGAAGAUGGUUAUAACACAAAAUCAGAACAAGUUGUACAGCUGUUUACCUCUCGUGUUCAAAAACGAGGCCAAGAUGUAUAUUUACAUGAACCUGGUCAUGAGGAUACCGCUGUUCUCUGAUUGGCCGUUGUCGAUAAUCCAAGAUUUGGUGCUGAUCAUCCAAGAAAAGGUGUACUUGGAAAAUGAUAUUGUGACUGUGGCGAGGGUUGCGGGUGCAGGCCUCAUCAUAGUGGACACUGGUAUCCUGGCAGUGUACUCCGAGUUUCACCAGGAGGUGGGUCACCUGAUCGACGGAGAUUACUUCGGGGAACUGUCUCUAGUCACAGACAAGGAGCUCUGUAUGUCGUAUGUUAUCGCUGUUACUGAUAGCAAGGUGAGUGGAUAUUCCCACAUUUUUCUUAUUUAUUUGUUUGUUUGUCGUUCCGGUUGUAUUUUUGGUGCUUAAUUCUGAGGCACUUUUCGA